UCGUCAAGCCGACUGCUUUUAACCGACGCACGCGAGCUUGCCGGAUGUUUAUGGAACCACAUGUUGUUACCCGGUUAUAAAAGCACAUUUCUGUGGCUGUAGUUUGUGGAAAGUAGAAGAAAACAUUUGUAGCUUGAAUCAGGAUGUCGGCUUCGUUGAUCAGGAGAGGACUGGAGCUGCUGAGCAAUGACAUUAAAGAUGUCACUAAAGUGAAGAAGAAGCAGCAGCAGACCCCCAGCUCAGCCACAGUGAUGGAGCUGGUGAGCACCAAGCGGCAGGGAGUUACUAAGCAGGUCAAAAGACUGCAAGGCCGUCUCGGGCCUGGCAAGAGCAAAGCCACUGUUAAAGACAAGAGGAUCAAGUCUGCAGUGGAGGAGUUCAGGAAGAAGCAGGGGAAGAGCCAUUUGAGUGAGAACCUCAAAUACUUUAUGGCAACUGGCUGUAAAGCAACAGAUUCUGACACAGUGAUCCUGAUGUGGUCUGACUACGGGUCGGAGCUGGUCCAGGAUGAUUUUUCCAGGGUCUUCAUGAUGUGGGAGGUCAGUGCCAGAGGCCUGGAAUCCUGGGGGCCACUGGGACGUGGCGCCUUUGGUACAGGGACGAGGCGUGAUGUCUUCCUCACCACUAGGACCCUCUGCAGACUCAGACUCAACAUGAACAGUUUCUGA